CCGAGCGUCGCUUUACAAACAAAUCGUGCUUUUGAAUGGAGUGUGCGGGCGUGUGGGAAGUGGAUGGGCUAUUUUCUGUAUAUUAACUCGCUGUUUAUGUGUUUCUCCGUGUCCUGUGUUAAGGGCUAAUAAAGUGACAGUGAAGACUCAAGAUGAAGACCACGAUAGAGGAGAUCAAUGAGGUGGUGCAUGAGGCAGCAACAAAGCUGAACUCCAUUUGGUCAGAGUGUGGCUUCAGUGAGGAAAUGUGCCGCCACAGACGUCACAAAAUGGUGGAUCAUGUCAAGGCAUUGAUGUCACAGAUGAUAGAUGGAGAGAAGAACCUCAGGAAGACCCUUGUUAAGAGCAUUGAUGAUAAUGGAUCAAAGUUCUACCACCUCAACAAGGAGUUGGGAGCUGACAUACCUGAUCCAGAGGAAAACCUGUCCCUGAUAGAGCUUGAGCGGUAUCUGCGGAGAGCUGUGGCAGGGAUGGAGAAAGAGGUGAAGGAGCGGCAGAAUGCCCUGGAGGAGCUGAGGAGUCAAGAAAAAGAACUAUGUGAGUGUUUGAAAGAGAAACUCAGUGACUUUGAGAAGAAGGCAAUUCCCUCUAAGGAAUCUAUCAAGGACUUAGAGAGAAUUGUAAAAACUCUAGAACAGGAAAAGGUGGACAGAGUGAAGACCUUUCAUCGUCUGAAAGACAACCUGGAAAGGCUUCUAAAGGAGCUGGAACAGUCGCCAGUGAGCUCCUUUGAAUGCUCAGUAGUGGCUGGACUGGAGGAGCUGUUUGUUCUCUCCACUGACAACUUAAAGCGACUUAAAAUGCUGAAUGAAGAGUAUGAAAAGAGGGUGGAGGACAACAAAUGUGAAAGUGUGGAGCUGCAAGAGAAGAUCAGACUGUUGUCAGAUCGGCUUGGCCAUGAUCCUGGUGGGAGGGAUCAGUUGCUUGCUUCUAUGGCUGGCCAUGCUCCAUCCUCUCUCGCUAAGUUACAAGAACAAAUGGCAUUGCUUGAAGAAGCGAAGAAAGAAAAUAUGGGGAACUUCAUCUCUCAACUAAGGCAUGAACUGGAGGAGAUGUGGGAGAAGUGCUAUGUGGGAGAGGAAGAGAAAGAGGCAUUCUCUCCUUAUGUAUCAGAUGAAUGCACAGAGGAAGUUUUGGAAGCACACAAUGUUGAGGUGGAAAGGCUGAAGAAAUUCCAUGGAGAAAAUCAGAAGGUGUAUGCUGUACUGGAUCAGUGGCAUCAGUUGUGGGGCAAACACCUUGACUUGGAGGAACGGUCCAACAACCCAGACCGACUGUUUGGGAACCGGGGUUGUGCUCUGCUGCAAGAGGAGAAGGAGAGGAGGAGAGUAAGGGGUGAACUGCCACGUCUGGAGAAGGAAUUAGAAGAUUUGGUUGAAAUCUACAAUGAGAAGAGUGGCCAGCCAUUCCUGGUGAAAGGACAGACAGUGAGCGACUACAUCCUUGAUCACUGGCAUCGCUACUAUGACCAGAGGAAACAGGAGAAGAAAGAGCGGCAAACAGCACGCACCAAAGAGCUGCUGCAUGAGACCAGGCUGGGCAGCAGACCUCGCACUGUGAGCUACAAGCGUCAUAUGGCAGCUGAGGAAUCUGGCAGGAAGACCAAACAGAGGCGAAUCCAAGAGAACAACUCUCCAGAACCCUCCCUAGUAUCCACCAUCGUAACUACCCCACAUGGUUUAGGUGGCCGAAGCAUCCUUCGUGACCGCAACCAGAAGACACUGCGACCAGCUCCUACUGAGAAGGACAAGACCCAUGGUUCUUCACAGGAGAUUUCUACUUAUUCCAAUUUCUCUAACACAAUUCACCUGCGCAGCAAAUGUGAAAACAUUCGUAGCUCUGCUGUCUUUGGGAUGAGCCAGACUCCUGGGCCAACCUCCAAGCGCACCUCACCCCGCAGGCUUCCACAAGGUCUCCCGAGGACUCCCAAGACCUUACCACGCAUUGCCACUCGCCGCUCCCCACGUCUCAACACUUCCAGGGCACAGCGCAACACAGGAAGAAACAUAUCCACAGCCUCCCCUGGUCUAUCUGCAGCCUUUAAAUCCCCGCACAGGUCAUCUCACAGACUGGCCUCCAACAUGACAGCCACAGCCACACCCACACGCUGGAGCAAGGUCAGCUUCCUCAUUUGAGCCAAAAUUGUUCUCCAGGAUCUUAAAGUGAGGAAGUUAUUUCUCAAGGUCUGGAAGGCAAAAUCUGACUCAUUAGCAACAUGAAAAUCCUCUUCUCUGUAUUUUGUACUCUGAACAUGAAUGUUAUUCCUCUUAUUAUACAAAUUGGAUGUGUAUAUAAUAAUUUGGUUUAAUUGAAGAAAUAUUUGCCUUUCUUCAACUCAGAUGUUGAAUUGAGAUGGAAUUAAUUAGUUGUCAUGUUCAUAGUUUCAUUAAUAACUUGAACCUAAAGAUUUAUUUUUCUGUACAUUAGCUAAUUUGUUGGAUUGGAAGUUUAUAGUUUGUUCCAGUGGUCAUGAAUGAUCUCACAAGCCAGUACACCAUUACAUAUUUUUUUUGUUCUUUUGUGUCUUUAUUAUUAUUAUUGUUUUUAUUUAUUUAUUUAUUUAUUCAUUUAUCUAUUUAUUUAUUUUUAUAAAACAGUUUCUUUGCUAUGACUUCCAUUUUUUUUUUUUUAUGCCAUUUUGUAUUUUAAGGAAAGGCAAAUAAAAAAAUAAGUGAUUAUAAGACAUGAUGUUUAAGAAGAGGAUCUUAUAAUGAGAAGGUUAAAGAGGAAUUAAAUUAUUUUAAAUAAAGGAAUGCAUAAUUAUAUGGAAAGGCCUGUCUGUAUCUGAGUUUAUCACACAUUAUCUCAUUUUAGGAACAAGAAGGCAGAAAAUUAAAUCUCCAGUUACCUGUUUUUAUAUCUUAGUUUUUUACAGUAAGGUGAGAGUGUUCUUCCAACCUGGGCACAGUGCAGUCAGAUGCUUUUAUAUUAUUUUAUAGUAUGGCUGGAAAUCUGUCAUGGUAAUCAGAUUUCUCCCCAAAGUUCUGAGAGAGUAAAGGAUCACAAAUAAGUAAUAGAUAUUUGCGAUAUUGAAUUAUGUUUUUUUUGUAAGGGUAUGUACACAUGUUUUAAGAAGACUGGAUCAUAGGUGGUAUCAACAUGAGAAAGCUGUCCCAAAUAAUUUUUAUUUUACCACCAUAUAGACACAUAAUAUGGCUGCUAUUGUUUGGCUUUCCCUCUAUACAUUUUUUUUUAUUUCAUUUAUUCCAUUUAUUCUUAAUCUCAUCACAUAAUCAUGCUUCAUCAUCAUCCUGCUUGAUUUCAACUGAUGUAUCUUACCUUCCUUCCUGGUCACUAUCUAGGGCAUGUCACUGUAUCAUUGUCACCAUUCCAACUUGAAUACUUUCUUUUCUCUCUGCCGUGUCCUUCAUAAUCUGUGUUGCUAUUUAUAUUUCAUAUUUACUUAUUAAUUCCACUCAACUUUGUAAUAUUAUUAUGUUCUCUUUGUAAGAUAGAUAUUUUUUCUGUGUAAUCAGAUUGUGGAUGCAUAUUGUUGAACAUUUUUGUCAUCUGUUUUGAGGAAUAGUGUAGUUAAGUUUCUCAGGUUGGAUAAUGUACAUAUGUGUAUAUUCCUUCUGCAAUAUUAGGUUGAUUCUUUUGUCGUAGUAUAUAAUGUUUUAACGUUCCCACCACUUUGUGACCACUGGUUAAUUAAGUUCGUAAAAGCUUACUGUUACCUUAUGCUGAUAGGUAACUCUGGGCAUAACAAAUUUAGUAGCAUAAUAUAUUAAUCAUGUACAGUUUGAUUAAAUAUAGAGGGAAUGAUUGUAAAUAUAUGUGUGUCUGUGGACACCUUGUGUCGGUAUUCCCUUCUGCUGGGCUGUCCCGGUGUGGGAGAUACAAAGUUUUCUUUUGAUCUCUGUUAGGCAAUCCUCACAGAUGUAUGUAUGUAUGUAUCAUCCAGUAGAUCAACUUUUACUUGACAAGAGCUUUAAAUAUCUUUUUGCAUUAUGUACAAGUAGUAGCAUCAUAACCAUUAUUUUGUAGAUGUAAGGAAUGUGAUAGAGUAUGAUUUCUGCAACAUGUUAUGCAUUUGUUGGCUUGAUUAGGCUAACAGUACAGUUAUGUAGGAGCAUUAUUGCUAGGCUAACUUUUCCUUGGUUGAUUGCGGAGUGUAUGAGUGUGCGCUGUGAGGUACUUAUUUUAAAAAUGACUAAAUAUACAACAAAUUGCAUAAUUUUAUACCUCUUAUAAUCUUUUUAUAUAUAUAUUGGAUUAAAUAUUGUUUUCUACUAA